CAAAAUGCUCGCGACAGCUGUUUGUUUCCAUGGAGCCGAUAGAAGCUAAAACCUGAUUUGCGGAUUAGCUAACAGCUACUUAGUUAGCUCGUCGUUUGUUUUUUGUUGUUAUACGGCUUUCAGGAUGUCUCGACGACAAACUAGCGAUAAUCUCGAGACUCUGUUUUCAUUUGAGCUGUUGGUGCAAUUUAUCCGAGUCGAGAAAGAUAUUCAAGUUACCGACGAGCUUGCUCUUGGAGUACGACUGCUGGAUUUCCCAACGCUGCUUAUUUAUCAGCCUCAGCAGAGCAGCGGUGGCGUUAACCAACGGGAACAUCAUGGGAAGGAUCAGCGGGGGGAAUACCCCUUCAACAGAGGGAAGUCUUGUUUCUUCAAAAUGAACCUGCACUCACUGCAUACCCAUCUAUCUAACACCCCUCUCUAUGCUAUGGUGUUGGAUGUGAAAGAAGAGAUCCCCAAAUUAGUUGGUACCUCACUCGUCUCACUGGAGAAAGUGAUGGACAGAAUCAGGCAGGAUGUGACUGAACAUGGUGUCUCUACUCCCUCCUCUCAUUGUGGAAGGGGGGUUGUUGGUAUAUGCAACCUCAUGGGGGAGAACAUUGGAUCAAUUUCCCUGAGUUACAAACUCCUAAGUCUGGGAGCUAGUUUACUGCCACAUAUCACAGAAAGAAGGGGUCUUAAAAGCCCCAGUGUGCACGGAGGGGAACGCGUACAACAAAGCAUCAUGGAGAAAAACAUCACAGAAUCACUGCCUCUUGACUGUGGGAAACCCACAUCGGACAAGUCUGACGUUAGCAGAAACAUCAAACCAUCAACUGAAAAUUCCUUGAUAAAUGAGGAUAAACGGGACAAUGGUGUUUUUGUUGCCAUGCAUACUGAACACAAACCAAGAAGUCAAAUUCCUCAGACACUCAAAGAAACAGAAAACGAUUUUGAAGAAGAUUUAACUCUAUUUUGUCCUCCCCAUCUCUUCUACAAUAAUUCUGCAGAGGAAAAAAGCAGAAAUGAAGCAGAGGAAUGCAAAUUAUCGAAUGUGUACUCCGACGCUUUUACAUUUGAAGACACAGAAGAAGAGAUGAGUGAAAAUACAAUUGAAGGUGCAAGUUCUCCCAUGAUGGAGCAGAAAGAAAGACAUGAAAAAGCCUCAAGAAUCCAAGAAACAACUGCGGUGACUCCAAAUGUCCUCGGGGAUGCCUUACGACAGUUGCCUCUGCUAAAUGCUCUUCUUGUUGAGCUGUCACAGUUGAAUGGCCAGAAUCAACACCAGCCUUUGACUAUUCAUCCCAAUCUAUCUUGGAUUUACAGGCCUGCUUCCACUGAGCCUUCAGCUGGGCUUGGAAACACACCACGAAAGGUUUCAUUGCAGAAAGCCAAACAGGGGAGUAUUCCCCACCUAAAACAUUUACAUUCCCCCAGAUGCUGCUCUACACCUGCGUCUGUAAAAGUGAAAGACAAACAAGAUGAGGCUAAAAGCUCCAGUAAAUCUCCUCAGAAGAAGCUUGUGUAUGGUACAACUAAAACAUUCAAUCUAAGGCUGAAACAAAUCUCUCCUCUUAAAGUAAAUCGACGUGAAUGCAUGGACUUAAUCCAGAGUGAAACGCAGUCAAGUACGGCCAAAGGAAAGACAAAGUCAAAUAAUAAGAUUGUGAAGUCCAGCAAAAGAAAAUCUGUUUUAAAUCAGAGUUCCAGUCUAAAUGAAAAUGUUGAGACGGUGAUGCAAAGCAUUGCAGUGGACUCUGCACUACAAGAAACAUUCACACUAAAACAUGGGACCGUUCAGGGUAAACAAGACACAGACUCUCUGAGAUUAUCAGAAAAACCUUCACUUUCUGAAGGAGACUUGAAAUGUAUUCACAUCCCCAGUGUGGAUGAUGACAAUGUUGCCCAAAAUAAAGACAAGAAGGAGCAUCGCAGUGAUUUAAAUCAAGUUAAAUCACAGUCUGAAUCUGACAGGCACAAGAAGAAAACUGAAUCUUCAGGAAGCAGCAGACAGAGCAGCCCAAAAUCUUUAUUUUCAGACUCCAGCAGGGAAGGAAACGAAGAGGCAGACUACGCUGAUGACUUUAACAGCCUCGAGCCCAGCGAUGCCUACUCCCCCGACCCCUUAAGCACUCCACGCUCUCCUGUCCGCAACUCUGACUCUGAAGGAUUCCAGAAGAGAGCAGACCUCCCCGUGCCCGUCAAAGCCCCUCACUCUCCACAGCGUGCUCUGAGGGGUACGCACAUCAUCCGACCUCGAACCCACACCUCUGCCCUCUGCUUCUCCUCUGAUGACAGUGACAGAGAUGGGUUGGAUUCCUUACAAACCAUAUGCUCCAGAAAAGCGAUGACAGAGCGCAGCAGAGUGGAAAGGAGCUCUGGUGCUGAGAGUUUCAUAUCAUCGAGGGGGCGAAGGAGCGGGUCAACCAAAAGCAGUGGUCCUGUUCGAGAACUUUCUGCAGAGUCAGUAUCCUCCUUUGAAACACAAGAUGUUGAGGAACUGGAGGAUGAGCUUGGAUCUCUGGAUUUCAAAAAGGAGUAUCAGCAUAUCUCUAAACUAGUGGCCAACAAACUCCCUGGUUACACUAUGUAAAGAAAAAAUAUAGAAUUCCACAUUAUGGUAACAUCAAGGCUACACUACUUCCAGAUGAGUAGUAGUAUUGUAGUUUACACAUCAAGCAAAUGUGUACAUGUCUAUGUAUGUUUUCCUUUCAGUUAUAAUGUCUGACAACUUCUUUGAAUAAAGAUGAGUUUUUUGUGGAAAUAAUGUGAUCAUUUUACUUAAUCACUCAGUUAAUACUAGGCUACUGUACAUUUGCAUAACUUCUUGGACCAUGAGUCUUUUAGUAAGUACAUAAGAGGAUGGAACAUCUCUCUGUGCACACCGUUUAUGCAAGUCAUUUAACCUAAUAAGCUCUCGUUUCCAGUCGAAUUGUCACAAGCUGAAAAUCUCUGAUUUCACGGUGUUUCCUUUUUAAUACAACCUGCUACUUUGCAUCUGCCCGU